CGACAAAUUUUUAAAUUAUGAGUUCUUCUACAUGAUCAGAAAUGUUGCUCGAAUUUUGUAUAGAUAGAAAUAUUUGACACAAGAAAGAAAACCUGACGAACCAUCCUUUCUCCUCCUUUUUUUUUUUUUGGCAUAGAUCGUUAGGUGUGAUUUGAUUGGUGAAAAUAUUUUUUAUUUUUAUUUUUAUUUUAUCAAUUUUCUGUAUCAAUUUCCUGUAAUUUCAUGUUUUGAAUUCAAAAAUGGUUGGUUGCCAUUAAAAGAUUAACGAUUGAUUUAGGGUUUCAAGUUCUAUACCUGCCUUGCCUGCAAUGUCUGACAUCGAAAAUCACGCUUCCCUUCGUGGUGGUUCAUCGCCCGACGAGCCAGUUUCUCGUGGAUCAGCUCAUAAGAGUUUGAGGAUGAGAGAGCGAGAUGGAGAGAGGAAACCUUUUCAUAACCGCCACCACAGAGACUAUAGGGAUGGGGGUUUUAAAGGAAGGGGCAAAUAUGACAGUUAUAAUCGUCACCGGAGCCGUGAUUAUGAUAGGCAUAAUGACCAUGUUCGCGAUGGAGAUACAAGGCACAAAUAUGGAGCAUAUUCAAAGAGAUCCAGGGGAGAAUCUAGAUCACGAUCCAGAUCCCCUUCUCGUUCAGAAUGCAAAAAGACCUCUGGUUUUGACCUUGCACCACCUGCUGCGGGCGUAACACCUGGUGUUUCAGGGCAAAUGUUGGGUAUUAACCAAAUGAUUCAAGGAACUGCACAAAAUUUGCCACAAUUUGGGAUAUCGCAGAUUGGAGCUUUUUCCUUAAUGCAAGUCCAACCUAUGACACAGCAGGCUACAAGGCACGCACGGCGAGUGUAUGUUGGUGGGCUUCCUCCUUUGACUAAUGAACAGUCAAUUGCAGCAUUCUUCAGCCACGUCAUGAUUGCUAUUGGGGGGAAUUCUACUGGAACAGGUGAUUCUGUUGUCAAUGUCUACAUCAAUCAUGAGAAGAAAUUUGCAUUUGUGGAGAUGAGAACUGUUGAAGAAGCUAGUAAUGCAAUGGCAUUAGAUGGAAUAAUAUUUGAGGGUGUUGCUGUGAGGGUUCGUAGGCCAACUGACUAUAACCCUUCACUAGCUGCAGCUCUAGGUCCCAGCCAGCCAAGUCCAUACCUUAACUUGUCUGCUGUUGGACUUUCUGUGGGUGCAAUUGGUGGAACUGAGGGACUUGACCGCAUCUUUGUAGGUGGGCUGCCAUACUACUUUACUGAAGAACAAAUGAAAGAAUUGCUCCAGGCUUUUGGUCCUCUCCGGGCUUUUGAUAUAGUUAGGGAUAAAGACACUGGAAAUUCUAAAGGAUAUGGUUUCUGCAUCUAUCAGGAUCCAGCGGUAACAGACAUUGCUUGUGCCUCUCUCAAUGGCCUUAAAAUGGGUGAUAAAACAUUGACUGUAAGGCGUGCUACUGUCAGUGGACAUUCUAAAACAGAACAGGAACAUAUCUUUGCACGGGCACAACAGCAUAUAGCUAUGCAGAAAGUAGCUCUGGAAGUGGGUGGGUUAAAUAUUUUAGGAAUGGAAAGAGUGCCAACAACAAAUGAUGAAAGCCCCACUAAAGUCUUAUGUUUGACUCAGGCCGUUACUACCGAUCAAUUGAUGGAUGACAUGGAGUAUAAAGAAAUAUUGGAAGACAUGCGGGAUGAAUGCUGCAAAUUUGGGACCUUGUUGAAUGUUGUUAUUCCUCGUCCAAAACACAGUGAAGAGCUGCCUCCAGGUAUUGGAAAGGUGUUCUUGGAGUACUCUGAUACAGCUGGUUGUUCCGCCGCUAAAAAUGCACUAAAUGGUAGGAAAUUCGGGGGCAAUAUUGUGACUGCCGUUUAUUUUCCUGAAGAAAAAUAUCUGAGUAUGGAGUAUGAUAUAUAAUCAAAUAUAAAGAUCAUUAUCUCUUUGUAAAGUUUGUGGCUCACUUUUCGUAACUCAAGUUUUACAUGUAAUUUUAGAAUUGAGUUUUUUAGUUAUUAUCGGUAAUAUUUCUUGUAAAUCAUGCAUCGAUGAUGACUUCACGGGAAAAAUCACUUA